CUCCACAGUCAGCUUAGGAUAAUCAUUCAAACUUCUUCCUGGUACUUGCUGCAUUUUCACAAAAAGAGAGAACAAGCCUUCAUCGGACUACGUUUAAAAGGUCAUUUAGAAGUGAAUAUGAUGGAGCUCAUCAUCAAAGUCCUGAGUGGAGAAACAAAAAGUGUGCACGUGAAUCCAAACGCGACCAUUGGCGAACUCAAGAAACAAAUCGCCCCGCUCUUUAAUGCGAGACCUUCACAGCUGCAGCUUUCCAUCACCAACGGACAAACAUCACAGCUGAACCAGGACCAGAUGACGGUGAAAGAUUACGGCCUGAGUUCAGGAUCCACUGUGAUGUUGCUGAUCUCUGCGACCCCCGUGCCGAUGCAGGUGUUCGUGAAGAAUAAUGGACAGACGAAAACUUACGACAUCACUGAAGAAGAGACAGUCGAUCAGUUAAUGUUAAAGGUCUUCCGCAAAGAGGGAAUACCGGUGGACCAACAGCGGCUGAUCUACAACGGCAAACAGCUCGAGUCUGGAAAAGAUCUUCAUUAUUACAACAUUGUUCCUGGAAGCACAAUUUACAUUGUCUUCAAUCUGCGUGGAGGCUAACGGGACACAACAUGUUUAGAUUACUAUAGACUGAAACAGUUUUUAGUUUACUUUAUUUAAAACAUUAUUUAAAUAAUCUAAUGCUAAAUUUUAGCACUAUUUAAACCUGCUUUUCUUCUUUUGUUUUAGAAUGAGGUUAUGGUUAUGGCUUGUUUUUGGGGACUGGGAAGAAACUUCCAUAUAACUGGAUUUCUUAUUUAGCACUUUAUGCUUUAUUUAAUGAUGACUAUAAUUGGUUUUCUUUAAAUAUCUGUGUGAAUAAAAAUAUUUAUCAAAAUAA